AUGCCCGACCGGAAGAUCCAGCUCGUCCGCCUGGCGCACGUCUUCUACAAGCACAAGAACAUUGAAGAAGCUCGUAAGUUUUACGACGACUUUGGCUUUUACGAACUCGAGCGCAAAGGGAACAAGACAUUCUACCGAGGCUAUGGUACCGAGCCAUUCGUGUUAUGCGCCGAAGAGGCAGAGGAGGACGAGUUCGGAGGUCCGGCUUUCGUUGUGGAGUCUCUGGAGGACCUCGAGUACGCGUCCAAGACGUUGCCAAGCGCAACAGAAGUCCAUGAUCUCAAAGACGUGCCGGGCGGCGGUAAAUGUGUGACGUUCAAAGACCCCGUCGACGGCUGGCCACUGCAUCUGGUGUACAACCAGACACCAAUCCAGAGGAGGGAUCCGGGAUUCCCGAAUCUCAAGUUCAACUUCCCGGAAGAGAAGCAUCGCGAUGUUAACAAGAAGCAGCGUUUCACCAAGCGCCCGGCACCAGUACACAAGCUGGGCCACUUUGGCGUGUGUCUGACGAACUUUGACAAGGCGUACGAGUUUUACACUAGCAACUUCAACCUGUACCCGAGUGAGGCGAGUAUUCCAGGCCUCGUCCACGCCCCUGACAAUAAGGACAAGAGCGUUACCGUGUUUUUUCGACUGGCACGUGGCAAGGAAUUCGUUGACCACCACUGCUUCUUCUUCCUUGAGGGCCCCAAGUUCCACGUCCACCACUCCUCGUUCGAAACGCACGACUUUGACACCCAGGUGCUGGGCCACGACUGGCUGAGAGAACAGGGUCACACGCUUUGUUGGGGCGUAGGCCGCCAUAUUAUGGGAAGUCAAAUCUUUGAUUAUUGGUUCGACCCCUCCGGCUUCAUCAUGGAGCACUACGUUGAUGGGGACCUGCUUGAUGACACGGAGAAGACGCACCACACUCCCGCAGCGCCGGAUAAUCUACACAUCUGGGGUGAGUUAGAACCGUACCCGAAAGAUAUAACCUAUGCUAACAGAUGUGGUACAGGUCCGGAGGUGCCUGCGACUUUCCUGGCGUGA